AUGGCUGAUGGCACACCGUCAUCUCCAGUCAAAGAGGCCAAACAAAGCCCAGGCGCAUCAUGGAAAAAGGAUGAGGAGCAUAUCGUCCCAAAAAAUCGAUUGGGAAUUGUUUUCUUUGGUUUGAUGUGCAGUGCAUUCUUGGCAGCUUUAGAUCAAACUAUUGUAGCCACCGCCUUGCCCACAAUCGUAGCAGACCUCGGAGGGGGGAAUAACUACAGUUGGGUAGGAAGUGCGUACAUGCUGGCAUCCGCUUCUUUGGGCCCCUUAUACGGCAAACUAUCCAAUAUUCUAGGCCAGUGCUAUUUCAGCCGCAAACCCGUACUAUAUGGAUCCAUCGUCAUAUUUUUAAUUGGUUCAGCGUUAUGUGGCGCAGCCCAGACUAUGACAUGGUUGAUUGUCUGUCGUGCUGUACAAGGAAUUGGCGGCGGCGGCAUCAUGCAACUCGUACAGAUCACUAUAUCUGACAUUGUGUCAUUGCAAGACCGAGGCAAGUAUGGUGGUUUCAUCGGUGCCACCUGGGGCAUAGCAAGCGUUAUUGGACCAUUAAUCGGCGGUGUUUUUACCGAUCAUGUAAGUUGGAGGUGGUGCUUCUGGAUCAAUUUACCGACUGGCGGCUUAGCUGGGAUUCUUUUAUUCUUCUUCUUAAAUUUAAACCCCCAUCAAGGAAGACCAUUCCGUGACCAUCUCCGAGAAUUAGAUUUUGUUGGGCUUUUCGUGAUUGUUAUAGGUGUCAUUUGCCUGCUUAUAGGUUUCAACUCAAGCGAAACAACAUGGCAAAGCGGCGAAACCAUUGCUCUCCUUGCUGUGGGAGGCACGUUGCUAAUCCUCGGUGGCGUUAAUGAGAUAUACACGAAGCGAUCCCCCAUCAUCCCACCUCGUCUUUUUAAAACACGCACAACUGGCUUGAUAUUAGUUUCUGCAUUCUUGCAUGGUGUGGUAUUCUUCACAGGUUCAUACUACCUUCCAAUGUACUACCAAGUUCUUGGCGCAUCGGCAACGACCUCUGGCAUUCAAAUGCUACCUUAUUCAUUGACCAGUUCGCUCAUGUCAGUGGCUUCCGGAAUAGUUGUGACCAGAACGGGAUCCUACCGUCCUGCCAUCUGGUUCGGAUGGAGUGUCAUGACGCUUGGUUGGGGUCUCAUGAUCAUGUUGGACAGUACGAGCACUACGUAUGUUUAUAGUCACUGUCGAAGUCAGGUGAUAACUAUAGCCCUUUUAAACAGCGCAGAGAAGGAAAUCUACCCCUUAAUUGCAGCGCUUGGUGUUGGUGGCUUAUUCCAGACCCCGCUUGUUGCUAUACAAGCAGCAAUGCCUAUCAAAGACAUGGCCACCAGCACAGGUGCUUUUGUAUUCCUCCGAACUCUUGGUGGUACGAUCGGUAUUACGAUCGGAGAAGCUAUUAUUUCUAGUGUCCUUCAGCAGAAACUGCGGGGCAUCCAAGGCCUCACCAUGAACACUUCUGCAGCGGCUUUGAAUGAUAGUGUCAGGCAGAUCUCUUCCAUUUCUAAUCCAGCAGUGCGUGGUGAGGUUAUGCAUGCUUACUCGCGGUCUAUCAGUACUAUUUGGUUGGUCAACACGCCACUAUCUGCAUUCGGUCUCUUUCUAGUUAUCUUUAUUCGUGGCUAUACGCUAGAGCGCAAAAUCAUCCGUGGCGGCGAGAAGAAGUUAGGAGAUGUCGAGAAGGGUGCUGUUCAAGUGACGAUAGAAGAAAGCUCACCAGUCACGGAGUCGGAUCUUGAGAAGGAAAAGAGACAAGGCUUGUGA